CUACUCCCCCCCCAGCCCCCAGAGGAGCGAGGCAGGGUGGCCCUCCCCGGCCCCUCCUGCCCCAGGGGGCCGAGUUGGGAGGGAAGCGCGAGAUGGUCUCACUGGAACCGGCCCCACUGCGAGCGUAUUGCUUCAUUGGACAUUGGAGGAUAGCAAUCUGCAGAUGGCUUUCAGCAUGGAUCAGUUAUAGAUUGAUACAGAUCAAACCCACGCUGAUCCCAAGGGCCAUACACCAUCAGGGAUAUGGCCAAAGUGGAAGAAGCAUGGUGAAAAUGACUCUCUUUUUUAAGGCUAAAUGAAGAUGCCUAAAGCAUCAGAAGACCAUAACCACUGGGAAGCUUGUUGACUAUUUCCUGGGAAUCUUGAGACGCAACAUCCAUCUGGCAUGGCGCAAAGCAGCCAGCAGCUUGACAUGCAGGUACUCCAUGACCUCCGGCAGCGUUUCCCUGAGAUUCCAGAAAGUGUGGUAUCUCAGUGCAUGCUCCAGAACAACAAUAACCUCGAUGCUUGUUGUCGAGUUCUUGCACAAGAAAGUAACAAAUACCUGUACAUGGAGUACCACAGCCCAGAUGACACCCGAAUGAACAGGAAUCGCCUUCUGCAUAUUAACCUGGGUAUCCAUCCUCAUACCUGUUAUCAUGGAGGGGAUGGUGCUCAACUUAAUGGUGGCCGUACACUGGUACAUAGUUCAAGUGAUGGACAUAUUGAUCCCCAACAGACAGGAGGUAAACAGCUCAUAUGUUUAGUUCAAGAACCACAUUCUGCUCCAGCUGUUGUGGCAGCUUCUCCCAGCUACAAUCCAUUUUUUAUGAAUGACCAGAAUAGAAAUGCAGCUACUCCUCCUCCACAACCACCUCAGCAACCUUCUUCCAUACAACCUGGAAUGAAUACAUCUGCUAUGCAAGGCCCUCCUCCUCCUCCUACGUAUAUGCACAUACCUCGGUACAGCACAAACCCUAUAACUGUUACAGUUUCACAGAACCUCCCUUCUGGACAGUCUGUACCCAGAGCUUUACAAAUUCUUCCUCCAAUUCCAAGCAAUCCUUAUGGGAAUCCUGGUUCUCUCUACAUUAGGCAGACAUCUCAAGGUUCUUCAGGACGACAGACCCCUACUCAGAGUACACAGUGGCAUUCGUCACCACAAGGUCCAAUUCCACAUUAUAGUCCACAUCCACUACCUAUCUACCCACACCAACCAAACUAUCAACCUUCUCAGUAUUCUCCAAAACAGCCCCAGAUUCCUCAGUCACCUUUUCAAUCACCACCUGCUUCUCAAUGUCCUUCUCCUUUUGGCUCGCCUCAGCAUCAAGUUCAGCCUACUCAAGUAGGCCAUCAGAGUUCCCUUGUGUUUAUGCCUCCUAGUCCUUCAACUGUGCUACCCCAUUCAUAUCAACAAACACCCCAGACGUAUCAAAAGCCAGGUGGACACUCUGUAUCUUAUCUCCCAUAUGGUGGACCUAGUUUAUCUAAAGGCUCCAUGAACAAGAUAGAAAUUACUGUUGAGCCUCCACAAAGACCUGGGACUGCAGUUAAUAGAAGUCCUUCACCAAUAAGUAGCCAACCAUCCCAACGGAACCAGCACCCGCUGUAUGCACCUGGCACUACUCCAUCAGGUUCUCCUUCUAGAAGUAUGUCAGGUCAACCCAAACCUCCUUACAGUGUUAAUCCUGUAUAUAUAACAUAUACGCAACCAACUGGACCGGCAGGUGUGCUCACACAGUCCCCACGAGUGAUGGUAUCUCAGCCAAAUCCAGCAGUUUUUAAAAUCACAGUAGGCCGAGCACCAGCUGAGAACCUUUUAAAUUUAGUGGACCAAGAGGAACGUUCUGCAGCACCAGAACCUAUACAGCCCAUUUCUGUUGUACCAGGAUCUGGAGGUGAAAGAGGAAGCCAUAAGUAUCAGAGGAGUUCCAGUUCUGGAUCAGAUGACUAUGCUUAUACUCAAGCCUUGCUGUUACACCAACGUGCAAGGAUGGAGAGGCUAGCAAAGGAACUGAAGCUUGAAAAUGAGGAGCUGGAGAAACUUAAAAGUGAAGUGAAUGGCAUGGAACAUGAUCUCAUGCAAAGGCGACUGAGAAGAGUGAGUUGUACAACCUCUAUCCCAACACCUGAGGAGAUGACCAGAUUGAGAAGCAUGAACAGGCAGCUCCAGAUAAAUGUUGACUGUACACAGAAAGAAAUUGACCUUCUUCAAUCUAGAGGGAAUUUUGACCCGAAAGCCACAAGCAAUUUUUAUGACCAUAUAGAGCCUGGUCCUGUUGUGCCACCAAAGCCAUGGAAAAAAGAUUUUAAAAGAAAAUCAUUCUCUGUAGACCGUCAGAGCAACUCCAAGCAAGCUUUGCGAUCACAACCAAGAGAUGAAGACUUUGAAGGAUCACCAUGGAAUUGUGACAGCUGUACAUUUUUGAAUCACCCAGCACUGAAUCGCUGUGAACAGUGUGAAAUGCCGCGGUAUGCUUGAAUCCAUACUGCUUGGAUUAAAAAUGGGCUCUCAAGCAUACAACCACAGAAGGAAAUGGGGGGUGCCUUGCAGUCGAUCUAGCAAGCAUUUGGCAGCCAAUCAUUUUCAUAUUAUAAGGGAGAUACUCCUGCUGCUCAUACUGCGCUAGUUUGAGGAAAAUACUCUUAUCCCUCAGUGUGAGCAAGGCUGAAAGGAUAUCACAAAUCCAAAAUGGAUUCCCUCUGAGAAGAAUGUAUACAGGAAAGCAGGUGAUUGCUGCUGUUCUAGCCCUUGUAAUUACAUUUGCUGGGUAGUAGCCGUUAUAUAUAUUUUUAUAAGCAUUGAACUGUUAACAUUGUGUGAAGUGUUACAGGUAUCCAGACAAACUGUGAAGAACCAGAGCUGAUAAUCUGGCCACAGCAAGCUGGGAAAGAGAGGCUCCCUGUGCUUCCAGAUUGUAAACUACU